CAUACUUGCAUUUUACUACCAAAUAAUUACCAUUCAAAACGUAAACUGACCUUCUACAGUGAGAUGUGAUCAAACUCCCCUCUUUCAUCCCACCAUGAUGUUGCUUCACUUCCACACUGCAGCAGCUUCUCUUUUCCUUCCCCUUCUCCUCUUCUCCUCCUCACCUUGCACGGCUGAUGUGAGGCACUUGAUCAACUGCGGCUCCUCCUCCACCGCUGCCUCCACCACCACCGGCCAAACAUUUGUCGGAGAAGAUGCAGUCACCUUCUCUCGUCACAGGAGCCGUGUCGCCUCGUCAGCAGACCCGUCUGAACUCUUGUACAAGACAGCAAGAGUUUUCACAAAACCGUCAACCUAUGAUUUUAACUUGGCACCAGAAUUCGACACUUACUUUGUAAGAUUACAUUUCUAUGCUUUCUCUUCUUUACUUGCUAAUGCAAAAUUCAAUGUCUCGGCAUCUGGGCAUAUGCUGCUGCCUGGAUUCAGCCUUGGGAAUAUAUCAAGAAAUUCUUCAACAAUCAAGGAGUUCAUCCUCAGAGUCAACCAAACAAGGAGCUUUAAAAUUUAUUUUUUCCCCAAUCCAUCAGCUUCAGCUUUUAUCAAUGCCAUAGAAGUGUUAUCCACAACUUCAAACAUCACAAAAAGUAGAGUUCGACCUUCUGUAACACCUGCAGGAAGCAUGAGAGAGUACAAGGGUCAAAACACUAUAGCUCUUGAAACAAUUUACAGGAUUAAUGUUGGAGGUAGGGAGGUAAAAUCAUCAAGUGAUCACACCCUUUGGAGGACUUGGGAGGAAGAUGAUACGUAUCUCAUCAACAAGAGUGAUGCACAAAAUACAAGUAAAGAUCAUCUGGGUUCAACAAACCCAGAUGAUGAUGCUCCACCCGCUGUUUACGAGACGGCAAAAACAUUAAAAGCUUCUGCCAAGAUUACCAACCUUACUUGGAAGUUCAGUGUGAAGAAAGGCACUCAGUACUUUGUUCGGGUGCAUUUCUGUGAUCUCCUAAGUUCUUCAGGUGUCCUUGAUACUUUUAGAUUAUACAUUUAUAGAGAUUUUAGUCAGGUGAUAGAUCCAUUGGAAGUCGAACUGAAUUCUCCUUUUCACAAGGAUUAUGUUGUAGAGUCAGAUGAUCUAGAGUUUCUGAACAUAAGUGUAGGACCAAACAAUGCAACAUCAGAAAAUAAUAAUUUUCUUUUCUUGAAUGGGGUGGAAAUUAUGCAGGUGAAGAAUGAAACUGCUUCAGAACCCCGGUUAGGUAAUGAUUCACACCGAAAGCUCAUAGUAUUAGUCAGUUUGGUUGCAUCUGCAUCUGUAGUUGCCUUGACAGUAGUUCUGGCAACUAUUCUUGUCUGUCUUUGUCUGAGAAAGAGGAGAAAGAAUCGUACUGAAUCAUUUGAAUGGGGAAAUUUACCACUGCAUGGUGGAACAAGUUCUCACAACAGGGGCUCAGAAACCUCAUCUUCCCAUGCAACAACUUUUCAGAACCUACAGUUAGGUUUAAGGAUACCCUUAAUUGAGAUUCAACGAGUAACUAACAAUUUUGAUGCAAGUUUAAUCAUUGGUGAAGGUGGGUUUGGGAAGGUAUACAAAGGCACGCUGAAAAACGGGAUAAUAGUGGCAGUGAAACGAGGCAGCCUAGAUCAUGGGCAAGGAGUAGCCGAAUUUCAGACAGAAAUCAUGAUUCUGUCAACAAUUCGCCACCGUCAUCUUGUUUCCUUGAUAGGUUACUGCAGUGAGAAUGGUGAGAUGAUACUGGUUUACGAGUUUAUGGCAAAAGGGACACUAAGAUAUCACCUGUAUGACUCUAAAGAGGGUACCAGUUCAUCUACCCGAGGAAUGCUGACUUGGCAACAAAGGGUACAGAUCUGCAUAGAGGCUGCAAAGGGUAUUCAGUACCUUCACACUGGUACAAACAAGGGAAUCAUUCAUCGUGAUGUAAAAUCCACGAAUAUAUUGCUUGAUGACAAUUAUGUGGCUAAGGUUGCUGAUUUUGGGCUAUCAAGAUCGGGGUAUUUGGAAGAAACUCAUGUAAGUGUAUCAGAUGUGAAGGGAACUUUUGGUUAUCUAGAUCCAGAGUAUGCUAUAUGCCUGCAGCUGACAGAAAAAUCUGAUGUGUAUGCUUUUGGUGUGGUUCUUUUUGAAGUACUCUGUGCAAGACCUGCUUUAGAUCCGUCACUGCCGAAGAAGCAAGUCAAUUUAGCUGAUUGGGCAAUGGCGUGCUAUGAAAGGGGACAGCUUGAGACAAUAAUCGAUCCACUGAUCGCAGGUGACAUCGACCCUAAUUCCCUGAAGAAGUUCUGUGAGAUAACAGAAAGAUGUUUGAAAAAAGAUGCAUCGGAGAGACCUCCAAUGUCGGACGUAUGUUGGGGUUUGGAAUACGCCCUACAGCUUCAGAAAGCGGCUUCUGAAAGAGUGCUGUUAGAUGAUACCAUCACAGAUGUUUCCUUGAACAUGCCAUUACCAGCUGUACGGCGCUUUCCUUCUCAGAGCAUUGCUGAUGACGAAUAUGACGAUGAGUUAUUAGACACUAGUAAUACUGGAGAAGUAUUCUCGCAGUUGGCAUUUGAUGAUGGCACUGCGAGAUAGAUAAUAUCAAAUUGUUCAAGACUUCAAGCCUUCAAGGUGACUGUUUACUUCCAGAUUUCCAAGCUUCAGCUCAUAACUGAUACUCCCUCCGUCCCAUUUUCUUCUUUAUGUAUUCCGUUUAGGGCGUCCCAUUUUGUUCUUUACAUUGAGAAUCUUCCUUUUAUAUUAUCCAUUUUGUUCUGCCAAAAGUUGUGCCUAAAGAUUAUUUUAACCAAUUAAAUCCAUUGGCCAGUUAAUUUCUCA